GGGAGGGAGAAAUGGUUUGAAAUGGUUGUCCCCUCUCCAUCUAUCCCUCCCUCCAUCCAUCUAUAUCUCUUCUCCCGUCCUCCAAAAUCAUCCCCUGCUUUGACUCUGAGCGACUCCUGCCUCGACUCUCUUCAUCUAUCAACAGCCGCCUACUUGCAAUUGCCCGCGUCCAUGGCUCUCUUCUCGCGCCUAACGCUCUUAGCCCUCGCCGCUCUCCUGGUGGCGGCGUGGAUGCCCUCUGCCACCAUGGCCAGCACAGCUGCUGCUCCCACUGCACGUCCUCUUGAUGAAGCUGAAAAUGGCCUGACGACUCUGGACGAGCUCGAGGUGCCUGACGAGGACGAAGAGGAAACGUUCGAUGCCGACGAAUACGAGGAUGAUGAGAACGAGGAUGAGGACGAGACUGACGACGACGAGCUCGAUGAGGACGAAGAUGAGGAUGAGGAUGGGCCUCUGACGUCGGGCAACCUGACGUCUGGCAACCUGCGUGCCCUGCGUAAGCAACCGACCACAUGCAAUGCACCUAUCCACGGCUGCCGGAUGGCCAUCACCCCUGCCCUUCCCUUUGUGUUGUGUGGCGUGGUGUGCAGGCGCCCGUCCCAGUUACUGCUCAUACUGUGGCCCUGGCUACCACUGCGGGGGCGGAGGAUGUAAGGAAUGAGACAGACAGAGAUGCACACCGGUCGCACUCGUCACUGUGUGUGUGCUUUCAGGCAUUCCCGACUGCCCAAGGUGCCCACCUGGCUACCGCUGCUGGCGCGGCCGAUGUAGGGAAUGAGACAGACAGAGAUACACACCGGGCGCUCGUCAACGUAUGUGUGCUUUCAGGCAUUCCCGACUGCCCAGUGUGCCCACCUGGCUGCCGCUGCAUUCGCGGCCAAUGUAAGGAAUGAGACAGACAGAGAUACACCGGGCGCUCGUCAACGUAUGUGUGCUUUCAGGCGUUCCCAUCUGCCCAGUGUGCCCACCUGGCUACCGCUGCAUUCGCGGCCAAUGUAAGGAAGGAGACAGACAGAGAUACACCCCGGUUGCUCGUCAACGUAUGUGUGCUUUCAGGCAUUCGAAUCUGCCCAGUGUGCCCACCUGGCUACCGUUGCUGGCGCGGCCAAUGUAAGGAAUGAGACAGACAGAGAUACACCCCGGUUGCUCGUCAACGUAUGUGUGCUUUCAGGCAUUCGAAUCUGCCCAGUGUGCCCACCUGGCUACCGUUGCUGGCGCGGCCAAUGUAAGGAAUGAGACAGACAGAGAUACACACCGGGCGCUCGUCAAUGUAUGUGUGCUUUCAGGCAUUCGGGUCUGCCACUGCCCGCAUGGCUGGGGCUGCAGACGCGGCAGUUGUAAGUGACGAGACAGACAGCGGUGUCGUAGCCACGGGGUAGUCAGUCAGACGACGAGUCGACGUGUUGCUGCGUGUUGCUUUCAGGCUAUCCCCCUACCUGCCCCCCUGGCCACGACUUCUUCAACGGCGGUUGUAAGUGAUGAGACCACACAGAAAGACAGCCAGACAGACAGACACUACACAAAAACGACGUGACACGUCAACACAUGUGCCCACCGCAAAUCCCUGUGAUGCUUGUGUCUUUCAGGCCAGAGACGCUGACUGCACUCGUCUGCCGCCGUGAUGCGUGCGCCGCUAUUCUUUGAUUAAGUCUACGGAUGUGUGACCCACUGUUCUUUUAUUAAGUCCAUAAAUGGAUACAUGUGCGCGCGUGUUGCGUGUUGCGUGUGCAUGUGUGUGUAAAAAGAGAGCUGGCCUGCCUCUGUACGUGUUGUGCGUCUGCACUGCAUAGUCUGUUGGCGUCUGGAGCGGUGUGUGCUGUCAAUUGCCUGUCAGUGUACUGGGUUAUGUGUUGACUUUGCCAUGGAAAUAGACACGCGGGUGGGGGAGGGGGGAAGGGAACAGGGGCUGGGGAACACCGGGUUCAUAUCAUGGGUGUGGUGUGCUUGUGUGCUGUCUGGACUGAGAGAGGGGUGGAUGUUGCCUGAUGUGGGUGUGGGUGUGGAUGCGGUGGGCAUGGCAUCCUGGCCAUCACAUGCAUACCCACACAUUCGUCACAUACGGUCAUUUGUCUGUCACUCACGUGUGUGUUGGUAGUGCCCUGUGUGUAUGUCUGUCUGUCUGUCUGUCUGCAAAGUUCGCAGUGCACCUGUGCCCUUUGUUGUACAUUCGUAGUGGAUUUGUUGCGUGUGGGAGGGCCGUAGUGAGUUUCUCUUCAUCGCAUGACUGACACGCUGGGGGGACACCUGGGGGACACGAAGGAACGGACACUUACCAUGAAUCGUCACCACAAACACCUGAC